AUGUUGACAACUUCUUUCAACCGGAAGCUCACAACAAACAUUGUGCCGGAUUUGCUCCGCGUCGCAGUCCACUAUACUCCUAAGUUAGAAACUUAUGAUCAGGAUGCCAGUGGAGGUGCUAGCGCGUUGAAACGAUCAAUCAUUAUGAGUGCGACGAUACAGACCGAUCUGUAUCGAACCUUGGCCCCGCCCGAGGACCAACAGCCACCUCGUAAGAAAAUCAGAAAGGGGACUCGCAGUUGUUGGGAAUGCAAACAUCGCAAAGUUCGUUGUCAUUUUGUUUCCGAUGGCGACCAAAGUUGUCGCGAAUGCCUGGCAAGGGGGACUACUUGUCAAAGCCAGGACUUGCCAGAGCCCAAUGUUCAUGAGUCCGAUCGUGCAUCACUAGGCGAUCGACUCGGUCGGGUAGAAUCCCUUCUUGAAAGGGUUUUACACCGGCUGGACACCAUUGGGAGUGUUGAAGAGGCGCGAGAGUUACCAUCCACGGCCGCAUAUGAUGGCUUUGCCUCCAGUGCGGCCGCCACGCCCGCAAAUGAAAAUGCACCGGCUUUGUCGCUAUUUGACAAUGGAUUGCUGGGCUUUCGACGAUCUGAUGUUACUACACCAAGCAUGACAUUGUGUGCUGACAUGAAUCGCGAUCUGGAAAAGCUCUCCCAUGAGCUUCUGAGUCUCUUACCAUCCAAUACUUCGUUAAACAGACUUGAAGAAGCCAAUAGCUGCUGGUGGCUUGUCCGAGCCCAAUGCUUCCAAAAUUACGAGGAAUCACUGCUCCCGAGCGCAGUAGCAGCGCGUUCGCACAGACAUCCAACCGCAGUCGCUAAAGUCCUUUUAUGGGUGGGUAUUUGCCUCCAACAGCUCCCACGAGGGUUUGAUACUCAUUCAUUGGAACUGCCGUACUCUCCAACGCGCCUGAUUGCAGAGUCUGUCAGAGUCGUUGCUCGUUCCAUUACCUCCGAUGAAAUUCUAUCGAGUAGUAUUGAUGGGCUGGAAUGUCUAGUACUCCAAGGGGUACUUUAUAAUAAUGAUGGAAAACUACGCAGUGCCUGGUUGAGCUAUCGUCGUGCUAUUAACGUCGCUCAAGUUAUCGGGCUUCAUCGGCUCCCUACAGAAUCGAUAGGAGAGUCGAAUUCUGUUUCUGGGGCACGAGUGAUCUGGAAUCAUAUCAUUUACGCCGACCGAUAUCUCUCUCUUAUGUUAGGAAUGUAUCAUGGGGUUCCUGAUGUGGCUUUAGAUCCGGAACGAGGCGUGGAUCAGUCAAUAAGCACAUCCUGUAUGGAUCUUCUUUGUCGCAUAGCCGGGUCUAUCAUCGAACGAAAUCAAAAGUUUAGCAGUGCGACCCCUUCAAUGGUUCGAGUAACACAAACCAUCGAUGCAGAGCUCAUGUCGAUUUAUAUUGAACCAGUCGUCGGAGAUUCAAUUACCUCGUCACCAGAAAAAUCCACCGAACGAGCUCAGGCCUAUAUGAAACUCAUGACGCAGUUAUGGCAUUAUCAGCUUAUUGCUUGGCUCCAUCUACCCCUUCUACUAGACUCUGGGAGGCGCUAUGACUACAGUUGGCAAAGCUGUCUAGAUGCAUCCCGAUCUAUUAUUACAUGCUAUACAUCUAUCCGUCGACUAACUGCGGACAGCUUUUGCUGCAAAUCGCUGGAUUUCCAAGCCUUUACUGCCGCUGUCACUCUUCUUAUUAAUAUUCUUGGACCGGCCGGUCAAUCCUCCCUUAAUUCGGAUGAUUGGCUUUCCAUCGAAACGGUGAUAACGACCCUGGAAGUAUUGGCAGAGGGAGAGCCACCCGACAAAGUAGCAAGUCGAGGUCUUGCAGUUCUUAGAUUUUUGAAAGGGGUUGCAACGGGAGACAGUGUGGCUCGAUCUGACAAUUCAAACGGGAUUCCACCCAUAGAAAGUCAUCCCGGACGCAUCAAAGUCGACAUUCCUUACUUCGGUACUAUUUCCCUUGAUCGUACAAUUCGCAGUGAUCUCCCAGAGCGAUGGCAAUAUGAUGCAAAUCGGUCUAAAAGCUUCACUGUAGACCCAAUUCCCAAUAAUGAAAACACAUCGGACGUGGCCAAUGUUAUGGAAGGGAGCGCAGUACAAGACCAGGCCAACUCCGUAGAGCCUUGGCUGGAGGGUGAGCUGGGACUUGGCCCUACUGAUGUAUGGUCAUUUCAUCCAGAACUAACAUCAUUGCCCUCUUUCUUGCCUAACUUGGCAGAUGACUGGGAUCUAGCACUUUGA